GCUCGUCGACUGACUACGGGCUUGUCAAUUCUCCAGACGUUAAUGCUACUCAACCAUAUGUUCUUUGGUAUUCGGAACAAGGAUGAUCCUGGCCAGUUCAUUGAGGUCUUAAGCCAAAGGAUACACGUGACCAGCGUCAUCAUUGGCAUUCAGACUGCGUUCAUCAUUUUCUUUGUAGGGCUUGGAAUUUCUACGCUUUUCAAUAGUAUUGCUCCAUAUCCAAAAGAGGUCGUGGAUUAUAAUAAACAGUACCAUGCCGUGUUGGAUUUCCUUGAUCGGAUGAAGACCAAAUCGGCCGCACUAGCACGGACCGGUGACGACAGUGAAGACAGUGAUUACAGCGAUGAGUCGGGCAGCAGUGAGUCUUCUAGCGAGAGCAGCAUGGACAAGGAUUCAAAUGCAAGUAACAAAUCCUUGAAAGGCGAUCACACCAGAGGAAGAAGAGAGAGCAGCGUAGACGAACAGCAGGCAACUGUUAAACGUGUGUCUAAGAGGGAUAGAAUGUCUUCUGAGCAAAUCAUAUCGGCACCCGACACCAUUGAGAUACCUGAUGCCUAUGCCACUGAAAAACCUGCCGAAGUACCAAGUACGACAAGCUUCCU